AAAUGAUAAGAGGCGUAUAUUUACAGCAUCCCACUGAAUAUGAAUAUUUGUGGACUUCUCUUUCUUCGCUGACAUUCCAUUCACAGACCAACUAUGAAGUUUGUGAAGCUCUUACUGCUGCUCUGUCAAGCUGCACACUCACCGGGUGCUCGAUGUAGGGACAACCAGCAGUGUUCUGACUGUGAUGACAACACCGCCAACUGCCUCACACAGUGCCACAAAGGAUACUUCGGCCAGACAUGCAGAUCCGUGUGCAGCAGUAACUGUAGGAAUAACACCUGUCAGCUCAUUGCCAGCAGAGGUAUUGGUAGGUGCACUGAAGGCUGCGAGCCAGGAUACCAGGGCUACAACUGCAUCCGACCGUGUGGCCGCCACAUUGUCACCUGUACACCAUGUCCAGGUGGGUGUGACGGGAACUACUGCCACAUUGGCCGAACCUGUUAUGAAGGAUGUAAAGAGUCUUUCUACGGGUUAGAGUGUAAGACCUGUUCUGACGAAUGCAAAGUUUGCAACAGAAAGACAGGAAUAUGUGAGGAAUGUCGUCCACCACAUUUUGGUCCUAACUGUGAACACUCGUGCGUGAACUGUUUAGGUUCAUGCGAGGAUGGGUGUACCAUUGGCUGUGUUCCUGGGUUCUAUGGGAAUUUCUGUACCGAGAUUUGCAGCGAAGGUUGUCGACCUCCUUACUCCAUCUAUACAGUUGACGAGUGUCAGGCGGAUGAUGUCAAUCUGUCGGCCGACUGUAGACCUGAGUGUCACAACCAGAGUGGUGAAUGUGUUUAUGGUUGUUUAGAUGGUUGGUAUGGUCCACAGUGCUCCUCCCAGUGUAGCCCUCGCUGUGCACAUCAACGUUGUGAUGGUGUUGGAGAUUGUGUAGAAGGAUGUGUUGUUGGUCGGUGGGGCUCUAGCUGUGAGUCAUGUUCUGAGAAUUGUCUCCAUCAAGCGUGCCACACCAACAGCGGUCUGUGCCUGCAUGGCUGCUCCAGCGGCCACCAUGGGGAAUACUGUAACCUGACUUGUACGUCGUGUUCAACUGACGGAUGUCAGCAAACUGUCAACUGUACAAGCAACUAUACACUACCAGAGGACCUUGCAGGAUCUUUCAACACAAGCGCUGCAAGGACUGGUGAAACCCUGACAGUAACUGUGACAGUGAUUGUGUUGUUUGUCCCCAUCAUCCUGGUGGCAUGCUGUAUCUGGUACUGGAGACGCAGAUAUAAAAGAAGACAACACGAGAGCGAAGGGGCAUUUGAUGAUAUUCCCAGACGGAGGGACACCUCUUCAGCGGUGUACCAGACGAUAGAGCUGUACUGGGAGAUCAAAGACGAAGAUAUAGACAUCCAUAUUCCCUCCCAGAACAAAGAAACUGCCGGUGAAGAUGGUGACACUGAUUUGCCUGUUUUAGCUGAUUGCUAUCCAGGAGGUGAAGCUGUUGAUGAAGCUGGCGAUGACGCACCAGGCACAUCUACCAAGGAUUACGGUCACUUGGAGAGGGGUGUUCACGUUGAUCCGAAGAUUGUUGUCAGCUAUAUAUCUCCAGUGGACGAUUAA